UACUUGUUGCCAUCCGCCCCUAGAAAUCAAGAUGAUGAAGCCGAAUAACUAAGCAGGGAGAGGGACAGGAGAAGGAGGGAGUCCACCUCGCAAACUCUCGUUUUCUUGCUAGCUUAAAUCAGCCACAACCCACCAGCUAUGUAGUCCGGCCAGCCUGUUCCCUGACACUGAAGAAGAGCCGGAUACUUUUUUGUUGUUGUUGUAAGAAUGGCGGACACUAACCGGGAUACUUUGACAUCUUGACUCCGUUGAACAUUUGUGCCCACGUCCAGCAACAACAACCACAGCUAGCCAAGCUAACAAGCGGUUAACGUUAGCAUCCAGCCACCGAACAGCUGUCAUCCCGGAAGGCCGCCGCGCCGGGUGGGAAUUUAACUUUCUCUCGCUCCGUGUCUGGACUGAACCAACACCAGGUCGCUAGCCCAUGAUAAAUAGCUAUUUAUCAUAUGUCGGUAAGAAUGGAGUCCUCUUUGGGGAUAUGCGACGAGGAGUGCUUGGCAACUGUGAAAGCUCAGGAGCUGAGGGCUGGCCAGAAGGAGCCCAGACUACUGUCACUAAUUGAGCGCAGUGGAGAGUUUAUAUUGGGUGUUUUGGCCAACCCUGAUGCUGUUGUGUCUCGUCCGGUGGCUCAGCUGUCUAUACCAAUCAAUGGGCAUUUUGAAAUUGUGCGAGAGGCUGAAGAGGCUCUUCUUAUUAAUUUCUCAUCUUCCUGCGUUAGGAUACGAAUCACCGGAGAAAAAGCUCCAGAGCUUCUGUUAGAACUCCAGGACGAUGAUCGGACUCAGACUUUCCUCGUCCAGGUGAAGAGUGCUCAGCAACAAGUUGGAUCCAAACUCACGAAACCCAAAGCGAUGGAGCCCGUUGCGCCAACGGCCCUUAGAGGACCAGUCCCCAUCCCACCGCAAAGAGCAAACAAGACCACUAACUCUGUGGGUUCUGGAGUCAACCCUCCCAAAUCUACUAGUGGACUGCCUCCCAACCUCAACAAUAGCAGGUCAACAAAUCAGACUAAUGCAGAUCCUGUCCAAUCACUUGCCUCGGACUUUGGCUUUGAGGACAACUUCAACCACGCUCUCAAAGUGGAGGAAAAGAAGAACCACCAGAAUCGCAUCAUUGCCACCAGAGAGCCUCCUCCUGUUCCCCCUCUACCUCCUCGCAAAGCCUCUUUUGCUCCAUCUAAUCCUCUGCCUCCUCCACCAAUCCCUAAAGACAGAGCUGUCUCCCUCUCCAAAGACAACUCCAGACCAGAUAGUUUUAGGUCAGAGUUUGACCGCGUGGACAGGCCAACGUCUUGGUGCGAAAGCCCCACCACCAACAGCAUGAGACAGGCCAUGUUCUCCAGCCAGGCAGGACAAAGAGAAUACCUCAUUAAACACCGCCUGGGAAAGAAGGAGAACGAGUAUGUGGACAUCCAGACCUUCAAGAUUUUCACAGGUACGUGGAAUGUGAACGGCCAGGCUCCAGACAGCAGCCUCGAGCCGUGGCUCUGCAGUGACACAGAACCUCCUGAUCUUUAUGCUCUGGGUUUUCAAGAAUUGGACCUAAGCACUGAAGCUUUCUUCUACAUGGACUCGUCCAAGGAGCAGCUGUGGGUUGAAGCUAUGGAGAGGAGCCUGCCCCCAAAAGUCAAAUACAAGAGGGUCCGGAUCAUACGACUUGUUGGGAUGAUGCUCGUGGUCUUUGUCAAAAAGAUUCACAAGAAUCACAUAAAAGAAGUGGCUGCAGAGCAUGUGGGGACAGGAAUCAUGGGGAAAAUGGGGAACAAAGGGGGCGUAGCUGUGAGGUUUGUUUUUCACAACACUAGCGUUUGCAUUGUGAACUCUCAUCUCGCAGCACACGUGGAAGACUUUGAGCGCCGCAACCAGGACUAUAAAGACAUCUGUGCCCGCAUGACCUUCCACUUACUGGACCACCCCCCUCUCAGUAUCGUCAAGCAUGAUGUAGUAAUCUGGCUCGGGGAUUUAAACUAUCGCCUGUUCAUGUACGAUGCUGCUGAUGUCAAACAGCACAUUUCCCAGAAUGAGCUAAAAAAGCUUCAGGAGGUUGAUCAGCUGAACAUUCAGAGGCAGACGAAGAGAGCCUUCACAGACUUCAUGGAGGGAGAGAUCAACUUCCUUCCCACGUACAAGUACGACCCCAAAACGGAUCGAUGGGACUCAAGUGGGAAGUGCCGUGUCCCGGCUUGGUGUGACCGAAUCCUGUGGAGGGGCAACAAUGUCAAGCAGCUCAAAUACCGGAGUCACAUGGAGCUGCAAACUAGUGACCACAAGCCUGUCAGUGCUCUCUUCAGUGUCGGGGUCAAGGUGGUAAAUGAGCAGCGCCACAAAAAGGUGUUUGAGGAGAUUGUUCGGGCGAUGGACAGAAUGGAGAAUGAUUUCCUUCCAUCUGUGACGCUGGGCAGGAGAGAGUUUGCAUUUGCAAAUGUGAAGUUUCGCCAACUUCAAAAGGAGCGUUUCCAAAUAACAAAUGACGGGCAGGUCCCCUGUCACUUUGCCUUCAUCCCCAAACUCAAUGACUCGCAGUAUUGUAAGUCUUGGCUCCGUGCCGAGCCAAGCGAUGGAUUCUUAGAGCCGAAUGAGACCCUGGAGAUCUAUCUGGAGGUGUACGUCAGUAAAGACUCCGUGACGCUGCUAAACUCUGGAGAGGACGCCAUAGAGGACAUUCUGGUGCUCCAUCUGGACCGUGGCAAGGACUACUUCAUUACCAUCUCUGGCAACUACCUGCCCAGCUGCUUCGGCACCUCGCUGGAGACUCUGUGCCGCAUGAAGAAGCCCAUCAGAGAGAUCCCCAUCACCAAACUAAUUGACCUGGGAGAGGACAGCUACAUGGAAAAGGAAAAGACAAAGAUGAACUUCCUGAUGGUGGAAGGUGCAAGUACCGAGGACAAACCUCUAAAGAUCCCCAAGGAAGUGUGGAUUCUUGUCAACCAUCUCUUCACCAAGUCCUGUGAUCAGGAGGAUUUGUUCCAGACACCAGGCUUACAAGAAGAGCUGCAGAGCAUCAUCGACUGUCUGGACACGAGCAUCCCAGACUCCAUCUUAGCCGGUUGUAACCACUCUGUAGCCGAGGCUCUGUUGAUCUUCUUGGAGGCCUUGCCGGAGCCAGUGGUGUGUUAUGAACUCUACCAACGGUGUCUCGACUGCUCUCAUGACAGCCGCCUUUGCAAACAGUUGAUUUCCCAGUUGCCCCGGGCUCAUCGCAACGUGUUCCGAUACUUGAUGGCCUUUCUGAAGGAACUUCUCAAGCACUCGCACAACAACAACCUGACAGCCAGUCUCAUAGCGACACUCUUUGCCAGCCUCCUCAUCCGACCGCCUCCCAAUCUGAUGGGCAGGCAGUCGCCACAUGAACGGCAGAAAGCCAUCGACUUCAUCCUGGGUUUCCUCAUGGCAGGAGACGAGGAGUAACCAAGGUCAAAGGUACCUCACAACGUCAGUUGGGUUUGAAGUUGAUUCCCAACUGUUGGCGAAGGACCUGCAGGACGCUGUGUAACAUAAUCCACGUGGUAUAUUGUCAUCUAUUGGAGACCAGUGCAGACGUUUUGCACCCUUUCACAAACUCUCAUGUUGGAGGAACUACAGAGUGUCAUAUCUUGAGAUUGUUCACAGCAUGACUGCUCGCUGGAUUUGGAAGCACGAGGUUUUGAACUGAUGCCUCUUCACUUUCUGACGACCUCCACAGUAGAGUUGACGCUUCUUAUUGUAUGUGCUCAUGCCAAAACAACCCCUGAACAGUGAGUGGUAUGAAUGUGAAAACGCUAUGUAUCCAGAGAUGCUACGUGAAAAGACUUAAUUACACUAAAGAAAAAGGAAAUUCCUGAGGUUUUAAGAAGUAGACUGAAUACAAGUAUAAAUAGUUUGAAAUGGGAUAAUUAUGGAAAAUGUAUCACUGAGAAUGUUUAAGCUUUAGAUAAAUCAUGACAAUCAUCCAUUUUAACUGAGGGGUCAACAUGAUGUAUAUCUUAAAGAGCUGUUUGUUACCAUGCUCGUUGUAUUUUAACUGUUAUUUAUAUUGUUUUCCUUCUACGUUUGCACCAUCUGAACAGUUUCUGUUUUCUACUUCAUUAGGGUUUAUUGUCAUGCUCUGCUUUGGUUUUAAAGAUACCCAUCGCUUGUUUUUAUCAUCUUCUCGAAAAAACUGUGUCAUGAAUGUUUGCUGUUUGUAUAUAACUCCAGGCGUGAGCCUUACAUCCCGUUUUGCCAGUUCCUCUUGAGUUACGAAACAAGUUUGUUAACGCAUUAACUUCCUGGUUAACCGGAAUCAAGCGAAGAGUCACCCUCUGUGAUUCUCGAUGUCUUAAAUUGUGUAAAUAGUGAUUGUUUCCCUGUUUCAUGGGUGUUUGACUGUCGGUAUUGUGACGCAAACCUGUGAUUGUGUCUUACAGUUUGUCAUGCAGGUGGUACUGUUGUCUGCGUUUGUUUACAUGUCUUUUUCUUCACUUCUGCUACAUCUUAAAGCUUUGUUGUUGUUGUUGUUGUUGUUGUUUUAGGCCUGUGUGAUGCCAAGACAAAGCAGUUGUGUUACUCAUGGUAAAUCCAGAUGAGUUUUUAAGUGAUGCAGCACUUUCUGGGUGCACAAUUUAAUGGCCCAUUACUCUGCAGGAUACAUUCUUUCUCAUUUGUGCCACUAAGGACAUUUUGUUUUUCUGUAUUCACUGUUGCUAAACAUAGACAUGGAACUUUUAAUGCUGCCUAUAACGAACAGCUAUUUCCUCUUUUACAGCUUUAGCCAAGAGAUAUGUCAGCUUUAGUUUUCACAGUUGACAAGAAUAUUCACAUUUAUGACAUUAAUUAAUUAAUUUCCCUUUGCUCAGUCUGUCCUGUAGUGUCGUGAUGCCAGUAAAAGCCCAGAGGUUUUCUUCUCAGAUGCUCCGGGAACGUCAGAAGAUGUAAUGUUUGGAGACGAUGUGACAACACUGAUAAACAUGGCACUAAUAGUCGGGCUGAAGUUUCUCAAUUCUUUCGUAGUUUCUUUUCCUGCUUUAUUGCCAUCUAUACACUAGAUUCCUCUGAUGGUCUUAAUAUUACCAAGCUUUGCCAAAAGGUGGCUUGGGCCUGAAUAAAUAGUUCCUGGUGAUUCAGAUUUUGCAACAGCCAUUUAUUCACUUUGUCUGUACAAUACUAUCCGAAAAUCAAUAUAAUCAAUAACCUCUGAUCUUAAGUGUCACUACUGUACCAACUGAUGUAUUUGUGGAUCCAUUGUGCUUUUUGUCUUCAGUUUUGUCACAAUCUGUUCAUAAAAUUUAAGGUACACGAGGAAACACUCGCACCUGUUUUCAACUUUA